UUGCCCUUUCGUAUGUUAAGGUGUGUAGUUCUUGUGUGUCUGUGGGAAAGACAUUGUGGGCGUCUCUGUCUGUAGCGCAGCCUCCUCACAGGCCACUCCCGGGAAGCACGCGGCUGUUCCGCCACCCAGACGGACUGACGGACGGAGUGUGUUCACCCUCGGUGCGUCUCGGCUGCUGUGCGCUUCGGUCCUCUUGUCUGUGCGCGUCAUUCUCAGCUUUCUUCUCUACUGUUCACAUCGGGGGGUCGAAGUGGAGACAAGUAGCACCGGAUUCACCUCUCGGAGCAGCAUGUAGCACCUGGAGCUCCGCGCACAUCGCCUCCCUGCUGCGCUCCUCCACCUCCUCCUCCUCCUCCUCAGUCUUCUGGAGCAUUCAUUCCUCAUUUCAGAAAAAAGCAUCGUCUGCGCAAGGAUAUUUGGAGAUUUUUGGGGGGUGGGUGGGGGGAUUUUUCAGGCCUUUUUAUUUUUUAUUUUUAAUUUUUAGAGGAGUGUGUGUUCAUCCCCGCCGCUCUGCACCUCUCGGUCGAUGGUCGUUGAGGAAGCUUCCAUCUUGAGUCCCGUAUCUAUCGACAGAACCAUGGCGAGCGACUCCCCUGCGCGGAGUCUGGACGAGAUAGACCUGUCUGCACUACGGGACCCGGCUGGCAUCUUUGAACUGGUUGAACUGGUUGGAAAUGGCACAUAUGGGCAGGUCUACAAGGGUCGCCAUGUCAAAACAGGCCAGCUCGCUGCCAUCAAGGUCAUGGACGUCACAGGAGAUGAGGAGGAGGAGAUUAAAGCUGAGAUCAACAUGUUGAAGAAGUACAGCCACCACAGGAACAUUGCAACCUACUAUGGAGCUUUCAUCAAGAAAAACCCUCCAGGGGUGGACGACCAGUUAUGGCUGGUGAUGGAGUUCUGUGGGGCUGGUUCGGUGACAGAUCUGAUCAAAAACACAAAGGGGAAUUCUCUGAAGGAAGAAUGGAUCGCUUAUGUCUGCAGGGAGAUCCUGAGGGGUCUGACCCAUCUCCACCAACACAAGGUCAUCCACAGAGAUAUCAAGGGCCAGAACGUGCUCCUGACGGAGAACGCAGAGGUGAAACUGGUGGACUUUGGUGUGAGCGCUCAGCUGGACCGCACGGUGGGACGGAGGAACACGUUUAUUGGGACGCCGUACUGGAUGGCCCCUGAAGUCAUCGCCUGUGAUGAGAACCCUGACGCCACGUAUGACUUCAAGAGUGAUCUGUGGUCACUUGGUAUCACAGCCAUAGAGAUGGCAGAGGGAGCACCACCUCUGUGUGACAUGCAUCCAAUGAGAGCGCUCUUCCUCAUCCCUAGAAAUCCUGCCCCGAGACUCAAAUCAAAGAAGUGGUCAAAGAAGUUUCAGUCGUUUAUAGAGAGCUGUCUUGUAAAGAGUCACAGCCAGAGGCCGAGCACUGAGCAGCUCCUCAAACACCCGUUCAUCAGAGACCUUCCCAAUGAGCGGCAGGUCCGCAUCCAGCUGAAGGAUCACAUCGACCGCACCAAGAAGAGGCGGGGAGAGAGGGAUGAGACAGAAUAUGAGUACAGUGGGAGCGAGGAGGAGGAUGAAGAGAGGGACGUAGGAGAGCCCAGCUCCAUCAUCAACAUUCCCGGCGAGUCCACGCUGAGGCGGGACUUCCUCCGACUCCAGCUAGCAAAUAAGGAGCGCUCGGAGCUGAUCCGGCGUCAGCAGCUGGAGCAGCAGCAGAAUGAGGAGCACAAGCGCCAACUUCUGGCUGAGAGGCAGAAGCGCAUCGAGGAGCAGAAAGAGCAGCGGCGACGCCUCGAGGAGCAACAGCGUCGAGAGCGGGAGGUGAGGAAGCAGCAGGAGCGGGAGCAAAGGAGGAGGUAUGAAGAGCUGGAGCAGCUCCGCCGGGAGGAGGAGAGGAGGCACGCGGAGAGAGAGCAGGAGUAUAUCCGUAGACAGCUGGAGGAGGAGCAGAGGCAGCUGGAGAUCCUGCAGCAGCAGCUCCUGCAGGAGCAGGCUUUACUGCUGGAGUACAAGAGGAAGCAGAUUGAGGAGCAGCGUCAGGCCGAGCGGCUGCAGAGGCAGCUGCAGCAGGAGCGAGCGUACCUGGUGUCGCUGCAGCAGCAGCAGCAGGAGCCUCCACGGCCGCCGCAGGACAAGAAGCAGCUGUACCACUACAAAGACCAGGCGCCCAGCACCAACGAUAAACCCGCAUGGGCUAAAGAGGUGAUGCGUCGAGCUCAGAGUAACUCUCCCCGCAUCCCUCCAAAGAAAUACCACUCCUUCAAGGAGGUACGAGACGUCAACCCCGACAACCUGCUGUUGCUCCCUGGAUACAGGCCUAGCCGCCCCCCUUCAUAUCCUUCCCACGUCAGCCCCACCAGAGAUCAUCUUCAUGUGCCUCGAAUCCGGAUCACCUGCGUACCCGAACCGAACUAUGCUGAGCCAGUAAUGCGGCGGCAGAGCCCGGGCGGGAGCCCCACCAGGCAGCCUGACUCCAGGGGCCGCAGCCCAGGCCGUUGGGUGGAGGAGCAUUAUGAGAUGAACAGACAGACUUCUCCUGCGUUGCAGCAUAAAGUCUCCAACCGGAUCUCGGACCCGUCGCUGCCUCCUCGCUCAGAGUCCUUCAGCAGCGGAGGAAUCCAGCAGGCCCGGACUCCACCCAUGCACCGCUCCGUUGAACCGCAGAUGGCCCACCUGGUACAGGUGAAGAGUCACGGCCUGUCAGGCUCCCAGUCUCUGUACGACCCCCACGGCGUGUCCUCCUCCACCUCGGCAUCGCCCACCCCCUCCCGGCCUCCCAUGCCCCGGCAGAACUCCGACCCCACCUCCGACACCCCUCCUCCCCCGCCCCUCUCUCGCCUGGCGCCCCCCCUCGACAAGCUGGACCGCAGCUCCUGGUUGCGGCAGGAUGACGACAUGCCGCCCAAGGUUCCUCAGAGGACAACCUCCAUCUCUCCUGCUUUGGUCAGGAAGAACUCUCCUGGAAACGGUCCUGGACUUGGUCCUCGGGCCGGAGCUCACCUCAUACGGGCCAGCAACCCUGACCUGCGGAGGACUGACAUUUCCAUGGAUACGCCUCUGAAGAGGACGAGCAGCGGCAGCUCCUCCAGCUCCAGCACCCCAAGCUCCCAGGGAGGCUCCAACGAGCGAGGUAAUUCAGCUGCUAAAACCGAGGGUUCGACUCUUUCUUCCCACGACACCAAAGACGACAGCAGAGAGGUGACUCGACCCAGCAGACCUGCAGAGGAGCUGGAUCUGACAGCUCUGGCCAAAGAGCUGAGAGAGCUGCGACAGGGAGAGGAAACCAGCCGCCCGCCUGUCAAAGUGACGGAUUACUCGUCAUCCAGCGAAGAGUCUCACAGCAGCGAGGAUGAGGAGGGAGAGGGCGGAGCUAACGAUGGAACGGUGGCUGUCAGCGACAUACCGCGCAUUAUGCCUCCUGCUAGUCAAAGUACCAAUGAGUCCUUCAGCAUGAUUGGAGGCCACAAUGAUGACCAUGGUGAUUUGUAUGGAAACAGCUCCCAGGACAACACCCUGAUGAUGCGUGAGUACGGGAUGGGAGGUGGUGGAGGCUCCAAGGCUUCCUUCACACCGUUUGUCGAUCCGAGGGUGUAUGGGACCUCCCCAACCGACGACGAUGAUAAAAACUCUGCUGCAGCGCUGUUUGCUGAUGAACUCCUGAAGCAGGAGCAGGAACAGGCCAGGCUCAACGAGGCCAGGAAGAUCUCCGUGGUUAACGUCAAUCCAACCAACAUCCGACCGCACAGCGACACGCCCGAGAUCCGAAAAUACAAGAAACGCUUCAACUCUGAGAUCCUGUGUGCAGCUCUCUGGGGGGUGAACCUGCUGGUGGGGACGGAGAAUGGCCUGAUGCUGCUGGAUCGAAGCGGUCAGGGCAAAGUUUACAACCUGAUUAACCGAAGGCGCUUCCAACAGAUGGACGUCCUGGAAGGACUCAAUGUCCUGGUCACCAUCUCAGGGAAGAAGAACAAGCUACGUGUUUACUACCUGUCAUGGCUGAGGAACAGGAUAUUACACAACGACCCUGAAGUAGAAAAGAAGCAGGGCUGGAUCACUGUAGGAGACCUGGAGGGCUGUGUGCACUACAAAGUCGUGAAAUAUGAGAGGAUUAAAUUCUUGGUAAUCGCUUUGAAGAACUCAGUUGAAAUCUACGCCUGGGCACCUAAACCCUACCACAAGUUUAUGGCAUUCAAGUCUUUCACAGACUUGCAGCAUCGCCCUCAGCUGGUGGACCUGACUGUGGAGGAAGGCCAGAGAUUGAAGGUCAUCUAUGGCUCCAGUGUUGGCUUCCAUGUCAUCGAUGUGGACUCUGGAAACACCUACGACAUCUACAUCCCCUCACAUAUUCAGGGUCAGGUGACCCCGCACGCCAUCGUGGUUCUGCCCAAGACGGACGGCAUGGAGAUGCUGCUGUGCUAUGAGGAUGAGGGCGUCUACGUCAACACCUACGGACGCAUCACCAAAGACGUGGUGCUGCAGUGGGGCGAGAUGCCCACCUCCGUCGCCUACAUCCACUCCAACCAGAUCAUGGGCUGGGGAGAGAAGGCCAUUGAGAUCCGCUCCGUGGAGACGGGACACCUCGAUGGAGUUUUCAUGCACAAGCGAGCUCAGCGAUUGAAGUUCCUGACAGAGAGGAACGACAAGGUUUUCUUUGCCUCAGUGCGUUCUGGAGGCAGCAGUCAAGUCUUCUUUAUGACCCUCAACAGAAGCUCCAUGAUGAACUGGUAACCAACACCCUCCUUCGAUCCACAACCCUCCUCUUCUUCACCUUGAGUCAGCCGCCAACAGGAGGGUGGGAUUACAGGUGUAUGGUGUUUGUGUGUAAAUGUAUGUGCGUGUGUGUGUGUACUCCUGGAUGGAAACCACAAGCUGCUGAAUGGACUGAGCAUCUGGAGGAGGACUUAAACCACAUGACUGUACCCCAACGUAGAAACAGAGCUGUAGUCUGAUGGAUGGCAUUACUGCCUGCAGGGUAAAGGUGACUCCAUGUCCUGUCAGCUGAUGUCGCCUUCACCUCCACUGAGGACAACUGAUCUGGGCUGACGGUUGAUCUGGACACUUAAAGGACAUGCCGAGUAGCCUUUGAGCUGUGGGGAACUUCUUUCUGUAGCACAUCAGUGACUUUUAUACAGGGUGUUCACACUGCGAGUAUGUUGGAAGAUUGCCGGCAAUGAUUCGGGUGUCCUAACUGCAGCCAGUCGAUCACUGUGCUCUUGUUCUUGUAGUGAAAAAGCAAAGUAGCAUUAGACAGAAAAAACACUCGAGGUUGUCACUGAAUCCAACAGUAGGUGCACAAGUUUCAACAAGUGCUUAUAUUCACAUUGCAAAGCCAUUAUUGCUUCACUGAUUUCAGUUUCAUAAGAUUAGAAAUCAUUAUUUUGAAGAGCACCCGAGAGAAAAAAUCCACACCAAGAAAAUCAGCCUUUUUAGCUCAGCAUCACAAUCAGAGCUGCAAAGUUUUAAGAAGUGACAGAAACUAUUCAACACUGAAUUACUGUGGGCUAUGCCAGAUGAAAGUUGACAAUCGUGGGAGAAAUGUGGGGAAAUGUUUGUCAGUUCAUAAGUCUGUUCUCGUGUCUCACUGUUAAAGCCACUGAUGGCCGAGACCGAACAGAGCCUAACCAGAGCUUUUAACCUGCAGUGUCUGCCUCACAGGAAAGUCGGUGUAACUCUGCUGCUGAAACGCCCAAACUGACAAUUUAUGCUGCUCCUGCUGCCUUUUUAGAAGUUUUCCCUGCACAUUUGUUGAAGCGGCAGCCUCAAAGAUAAAGUAUGAAAGUUAUUGCGUGAAUGCCAAAUAUUGCAGUUCCCUGACCAACCACUUGAGGCUCCGAGUCAGCGUUCAUCUUCAUAAACUGAGAGGAAUGCAGACAGAUGCAGCGUUCUGCACCUCAAGCUUCACAGGAAGAUAACAGUUAAGUUCAUACAGAUUAGAAUGACCUUGUUCUAGUUCAUAUCUCACUUUUUAUGAGCUCCUCUGAAUAAACCUUCUUACAUGGGACAUAGUACUAUGGAGUACUGUUACUCCACCACACCACAGUUGUCCAUGCGGAAUACCACUUCACACUCUGGGCAAGAAUACUGUCUGUAGACCUAAUGGACUACAAAUAUUAAACAUGUUUCAUCAAUUUCUGUGAUGAUGCAUUCAUAAAACAACUUUAAAUAACUUUUUUAUAGUUUAGAACAAUUAUAAAAGGUCCUACUACUAAAUGUAGUGUCCUACAUUCCUUAAGCUUGACUGCAUUGUUGGCUGGAUAAAAGUUAAUGUGCUCUAGCAAUUAUUACGUAAGGAAGGGGUUGUUUGAAGUGCUUCUCUGCUGCAUUUUGACAAGCCCAAAUAAAUCCAGAAAACAAAAAUAAUUUGACACAGUACAGCUGUUUAACCUUUUGAAGUAAAAUCUCUGAAUAAUUUUUGCUCAGACUACCUGAAAACAGCAUUUUGGAAAUAGCCUCAAAUUAUUCCAGCUUUGUGUAGAACAAGAGCAACAAGCCAAAUGCUGAACUCAAAUUAUGGAUUGAUUGUGGCUGUUGUGACUGAUGUAGCAAAGAUUAUGGAUGCUUUCUUCGCGGAUUUCCGUAACAAAGCUGUAUCAGCCAGCGGGAGCCCAAAUGGCUCAAUGAAUUUGUCUCUAUCUGCUGAAAUUAGGGGAGCAACUGUGACUCGGGGAUGGUAGUGCUCAUAGUGUGAACACUCAUUUUGAGUGCUGCAAAGACCCUCUGUCUCUUCUCAGUAGGAGAGAGUAAUGCUUCACACAAGCAGUUAGUGUCACAGAAGAAAAUGAGACAUUUUACACAUCACUGCAGAUGCUGCACAGUCAGCUACUAUGGCUGCUUUGUCUUGGUGUAUUUCUGCCAGGGGAAGAAAUAUUGUAGAUACUGUACUAUUGCUGCAACAAAACAAGAAAAAUCUCCACAUCAUUUCUUGCUGGAAGAGUUAGGCUGUAGAGUAGUUACCAACUCCUGGAGGUUUUUACUUUUGUUGGCAUUUGUUCUCACCAACUUUUUCCUGCUCAUACUGUUCUGCGUGCACCACAACUGUGUAAAUACUCACUUUGAUGUUAAGGACAGACUUUGUAAAACAGGUGAGAACGCUGAAGAAAACAAUAUUUUUUCUUUCUUUCUUUCUGUUUUUCGGUGGGGGGGUCAUACCCCUGUAAAUCUGUCUGAUCUGUAGUAGAGCAGCAAGCCAAGCAGGGAGUCAAACUAUACUUUUCUCUUUGUAAUUUCAUUGUUUUUAUUAAGUUGUGCAGUCUGCAUGGAGACAUACAUUUUUUACCUGUCUUCACUUGUUAUGAAUUUCAAGUUUAAGGCAAUAUGUUUGUAAGUUUGACUGUGCUAGCUGGAUGAUGAGAACCCUAAAGCAUUUUUCAAACACUGAACAACAUAUCUUAGCAUCUGGGUUUUUAUCUAGCCAAGAUGGUACACUGGAUAAUUAUACACUGAAUAAUUAUAUUAAUUUAGGUAUGUCAAGAGUGUGCAGGAGUGUGGCUUUUUUGGGGUGGAACUGACAUUUGGAUGACUGUAAAUGCUGGUAUUUGUGGGAGGAAACUGGUUCAUUUUUACUUGAUUUUCAUUCUUUUGUUGUUGUUCACAGAUCUGAAAGGAUGGGAUACAUGCGAGCAUUGGUAUUUUAAGACCAGCUGAAGCCUUUAAGAUUUGCAGGAUUUAUUAACAACCUGUGAAUGAAGGUCAGGAGGCAGAGUCAGUGUGAGAAAGCAUAGCAUAAAAGAUAUAUAUACUGUAAUAAUUUUCAUUAUGAUGAUAUCCUGCUGAUCAUUUUAGCGAAGGACAAAAAUAAUGUUCACUUAUUAAAGCUUAGUUGUCUUUCUACAAAAUAGAAAACAUAGCUUUACUGUAAGAAUUUCUAAAAAGAAAUACAAUGUUUUUAUUGUGGUAUUAUUUGUAUUUAAAUUUUUGUACGUAUCAGACUGUGAACGUAUGUUGACUGUCAGCUUAUGAGUGUGUGUGCUUGAGUGUGUAGGCGAGUCGGUGCGUGUGCAGGUGUGCAACAUGCAUGUGAGUGUAUGUUUUCACCCCGUCUGAAUCACUGGAACCAGUCAAAAGACAACCUCAAUCUGGUAUAAACACAUCUGUGAUGUUGGGAAAUCUUCAAUAAAUGUCCUCUCCUUGUACAGCAAAAA